GUGCAGGGAGAGCUGGAGGUCGGGUAAAUGAGCAGAGACGCUGUUGCAGGUGUAAACUCAGGUGACAUUUGUGCACAUGCUGCAUGAAUAUCACUGAGCUUGGUAUCAGGUUUCUCUGAAGUACUACAGUGUGUCAGGACCACUGAAGGUAAGAAGAGGAAACCCCAGGGCUUAGAAAAAAUAAAAACCUGGCAGAUUAAUGAGAAAAAAACAGUACAAAUAAAGAAGAAAACACCUGCCACAUUUAUGGCAAGAGAUGAGGAAAAUUAUCAGGAAAAGCUGGCAAAUUUUCAAAGAAAAAAAUGGUACAUCUAGGAGGAAAUUUUAUGAGAAUAAACUGGCAAAUUUCCAAGUGAAAAAAUUGUGACAAAAAAGUGAAAAAAAUUGCAAUUUUGUGGGCAAAAUAGGAAAAUUUACGAGACAAACUGGCCAAAAAAACCCAAAUAAGUAUAUCUGCAAUAAAAAAAAAUCUAUGAAGAAAAGCUGCCAAAUUCACACAGAGAAAGUGAAACGAUUAAAAAAAUAAUAAUAAAAAUAAAAAUCUAAAUUUGCUGCUUAAAUAAAUUUAUAAGCGAAACCCUGUAAAUUCACUAGAAAAAAGUUCAAUUUUUGGAAAAAAAAAAUCACAUUUCCAAUUUUAGGAAAAAAAGAAAAGCUGGAAAUGAUUUAUUUUUAAAUUGCCAAAUAAUUAGAAAAAAAUUAAAAUGUAGUAAAAUGUGUGAAUAAUUACCAGUAAAUGAAUGCAAACUGACCUCCCUUUGCACUUUAUGUAUCGAGGGGUAAGUAUAAGAAUCUCCAGGCUUGAUCCUAUUAUUGAACAGACCCCAAAAGGAUUUUAACGUCUGGCUUGUUCUGCUCGGUCUUUAAAUCCUGAUACUUCAGUUGAUACAUCUAAUUAUGGGAACAACCAUUACCUGUACACAUCUGUAAGCACACAGAAGUUUCUGUCAGGCCUGGUUGUCGUAUGUUUGGUGAAGCAGGUAUUCCUCCAAUGAUUGUCUGUGUCACACUCUUAUUUUUUGGAGAUUUAUUAAAGGAUGGCAUUCACCUGCUCUUCUCUGUGUUAAAUGAUAAAUGCUGGUCAGUGCCACAGAGCCCCGACACCUUUAUUUUGACCCAUUUGUCACCAUAAUCCGUUGAUGGUGAGCUUUUCAUUGUUGUGGUCAGUCGAGCUGUUUGGGAUUCGUGUAAACGCUGCCUGCUGAGACACAGGAUGAGCCUUCAUUGGCCGGCCCGAGUAACCAGAUCCUUCCGCGACGUGUCGGGUUACCACGCCAAGCUCUGUAGGACUGGUCUCUAUGGCGACAGGCAGGCAGGGAAGAGGAGUCAGGUUGUUUUUAAUGAAGGUGGGGUUUCACCUGUGUGUGUUGAUGUCCAUCACCAUGUGUCAUACAUCCUGGAUGAGUUUUUGCCGAUGUGUUUUUCUAGCGGCACACUGUCAGACGUGAGCUGUCUUUCUUUCUUUUAUAUUAAUAUUUUAUGGGAUAAAUAAUUAAACCAAAAUACCUUAAAUGAUCUAAAAUCAGCAUCUUUCACAGUAUUUGAUUGUUUUAACUCUCUUUGUUGGUUGGAAGUUGUGAUUGGUUUGUGGAAUUUGGCUCUUUAACCUCAGACAGAUAUAUCAUAAUCUGACAUUACUUGCUGAUUUCCGUGCCCCUAGUUUGAAACCACAAACCUCCUCAACAAACCACACAAGAGGAAACAGGAGAUUUAUUCAUAUCAGGUAUCAUCAGCAGUUUUUUGUAGUCUGAUGUCUGAUUGGCCUUGAAUGCAACAUUAAUGCCUGCUGUCAGCUGCAUUCCAGCAUCAGUGAAACUCGGACCAAACAAUGACACAACUCAACGUUAACAGAGUCCGAGACACGGCGUCACAGCUGAGGAUCAUUUCCCAGCAUGCCUCACUGCGGCGGGAACAAAACCCCUAAUCAGGCCUAAUGACGGGCGCAGAAGAAGAGAUGACAUGAUGAUACUGACGGAGAAACAAAAGGAGGACACACCCACUGAACACACACACACCAGGUGGAGCAGGUGUGACCGGUGUGCUGUUCAGCCACUCUGCUGAGGUACAGGACAGUCUUUUCCUGUUGGCGUGUGCUGAGUCACUCCUUCACCUGAGUUUUACUGACUGCCUGUCCUCGGGCCUCCACUGAACCUCCAGAUUUCUCUAUCCACAGCUGCACCAUGAGUGUAUGAUGUCUGAGAGCAGUUGCUAUGGCCUGCAGCAGCGGUCAGAACAAUGCAGAGACUCUGGAGGGGUUCCACGAGGUGAAUCUGGCCUCGCCCACCACACCUGACCUUCAGAACCAAUCGGAUCAGCGCCCGGCCAUCCGUCACACCACCCCGCCCACUUCUCUAUAUCGCACCCACUCUCUGGGAGCACCUCCUCCGGGCCUCCCCACCUCACUGCGAGCAGAUCAGCUGCCCACUCAGCCGGUGUACUCAGCACCGCGGCACAGCCACAAUGGAAGCGUGCCAGGCCUGGAGGCAGAGUCGGCCGAGUUCAUGUCCGGAGAGGAUGGGGAGGAGUGUGGUGCUCUGAGCGACAGCCUGUCACGGCUGCGCAGCCCGUCGGUGAUGGAGGUCCGAGAGAAAGGAUGUGAGAGGCUGAAGGAGGAGCUCGCCAAGGCUCAGAGGGAGCUGCUGUUGAAGGAUGAGGAGUGUGAGAGGUUGUCUAAAGUCAGAGAUCAGCUCGGCCAGGAGCUGGAGGAGCUCACCGCCAGUCUCUUCCAGGAGGCUCACAAAAUGGUGAGAGAAGCAAACGUCAAACAGGCAAAUGCUGAAAAACAGCUGAAAGAAGCUCUGGGCAAGAUCGACGUCCUCCAGGCGGAGGUUCAGGCUCUGAAGACUCUCGUGCUCUCCUCCCCGACCUCCCCGGUGGGUGAGCUUCCCUCUGUGGGAACAGGAGGAGGCGUGAAGACUCCCUUCAGGAAGGGCCACAGCAGGAACAAGAGCACCUCCUCCGCCAUGCUGGGGACGCAGCCCGACCCGUCGGCCACGCAGCCCAUUGUACGCGAGUGUCGGGAGGUGGACGGUCAGCUGUUCAGCGAGUUCAAGGCAUGGAAGGAGGAGCCGACGUUCGACCGAAGCUGCAGCUUUCUGGAGAGAAUUUACCGUGAGGACAUCUACCCUUGCUUGACCUUCAACAAGAGCGAGCUGGGUUCGGCCAUCUUAGAGGCCGUGGAGCAGAACACACUGAGUGUGGAACCAGUCGGCUUCCAGCCGCUGCCUGUGGUCAAAGCAUCGGCGGUGGAGUGUGGAGGACCAAAUGGGCGCAGGUCUGAGCUCGUCACAAAAUGUGCCCUGAGCGGUCAGACCAAAACCUGCAAGCACAGAAUCAAGUUUGGAGAUUCGUCCAGCUAUUACUACGUGUCUCCCUACUGUAGAUACAGAAUCACAGCGGUGUGCAACUUCUUCACCUAUAUCCGCUACAUCCACCAAGGGCUGGUCAAACAGCAGGACGCAGAACAGAUGUUCUGGGAGGUGAUGCAGCUCCGCAGGGAAAUGUCCCUCGCCAAGCUUGGCUACUACAAAGACCAGCUGUGACCGGGGCCGUCCUCCACUCACAGCAGAGUCUGAGCUGAAGCCCCGCCCCACCCUGGCUCUUGCCCCUCCCCCUUAUUUUGUGUGAGUGUUUUUUGUGUGAGAGAGAGAAACUGUUUUCAAUCAUCACAAAAAAAGACUGAAGACUGUGAUUUUGGUGCCGGUGGUCAUUACUGAUCUGGACUUCUUUGGGUUCUGAAACAUGCAACACUCCAGUGUGUCAGAAAACUGACAUGUUUCUAAAAAACUAACACUACAGACUGUUUGGUCAUCAGUUACAUGUGAUCUCUGGAGAGAUUCAUGUGGGUUUUGAAGCCUCAAAGCGAGAAAAAUAUCAAAAAUAGGUGUUAGAAAUAUGAGAAUAUCUGAUAAAAGUCAUAUUUCAAGGGUGAAGUUGAACCGUAGAAUAAAGUCAUUGUUUUAAGAGGAAGAACGUUGUAAACAGAAUCACAGAAACUGAGGAAAAAUAACCCCUUUUGUUUACUGUUGUGGAGACGUCUGUGGCACCUAAAGUGGAUGUUCGAGGAACUGCAGGUCGUGCUGCGCUUUCAGGUUCGCUUCAGGUUCCUGCUAGUUAACGGGACACAUCUUCCUUUUUCUUUAGGAUGAUUUUUCAAAAUAAACCGCCAUUCAUAACAGAAACUGUCAUUAUGGAUUUAUGUGUGGUGGCUUUCAAAGCAGACUUCACUUUCACCUUAAAUACUACAUGAAAAUAUUAUUUCAGCAGUAAAGCUUUAGUAAAACUGCAGCCGUUUAAAAUGUAAACAAUUUAGAAUAUUUGGGUAUAUAUAUAUAUUUAUGAUAAAACUCAUCGCAGGGAACAAGUGACAGCUGAUGUGACAACGUCUCAGCUGAAGAAUUCAGAAUUACAAUUCUUCAUUUUUACAACCUAAAUUUUGAAUUUUUUUUCUGUAAAUGUUGAAUUUAAAAUAAAUUCAUGACUUAUUCUUAGUUAUAAUCCUUUAAAUUAUGUAUUUACGUUCCUGCAAUUUCAGCUUUAGUCAAAUUAAAAUGAACAAUUCUUUCAACCUCCAAAUUUUGACAAUGUAAUAAUUAAUGUUAAAUUAACAUGAAUUUGAGUAUUUUUACUUAUUCUUGUCAAUCUUUCAUUAUUCAUAUAUCAAAAAUUACAGAGUUUUUUUUCCUCAUGUGAAACACUAAGUUGACUCACUCUUAGCACUUUGAUUUUUCUCCAUUGAAAUUCUGCUCUCAGAAUGUUUUUUUAUUUUCAAACAACUUAAAACUGUUUUCCAGACUUUACAUCAAAUUAUUGAGCUCUUUAAUCAUCAAAUUUUGGGGCUUCUUGGGGUUUUUUGGGUCUGAAAAGUCUGAGAAAUGUCAAAUUUUGAGUUAAAGUAAUUAUAGCUUUGCUACAAUACACUUUCCUCCACUGUUGGCGAGUCUAUCAUAUAUUUUCAGAGAGGGGAAAAAAGGUCAAGUUGUUAUUAUUUAGUAAACUUUGAAUAAGCUUGUAUUUUGAGUUAAUUUAGAGGUCUCGAUGAUGGCAGAGUGGGAUACAGUGUUUUUGUUUUUUACUUACAGAAAAAAGCUGCAGAAAUAAUCGAACAUGUAUCUGCAGGAGGAAGGACUUGAUGUCGGCUCUUUGAGUUUCUGAGGGUUUUUGUUUUGUUGCUGGACAUUAACAUAUCCUGCUGUGAAACAGGGCGCUCUGCAGCGAGCUCCGUGUGACCAAUCAGGACUCGUGUAGAUAAUAAGCUGUGUGUGUGUGUGUGUGUGUGUGUGUGCGUGCGUGCAUGCGCACCUGCUGUUCUGUAAACUUUAUAUAUAUAUUAAUUUAAUCCUGACGUCUCUCUCUCGCCUGUUCAUAGUCAAUGUCACUCUCCCGGUUUGGUUUAGUGCCUUCUCUCUCAGACACUGAAAUAAAAACAGUAAUACCUCUGAAAAUGAUCCGUGGACUCCUCCACAUUUUCUCUUCUUCGACUGAACUUUUACACGGCUGCAUAUUAACGACCGACCUUGCCUCCUCAGACGUACCCUCAUGUCUCCGUCCACCGCGGAUCCUCAACCUGAACUUUUGAGAGCAGUUUAACCUUAAUGCUCCAUCUUCCCUUUGCUGCUGUGUUCAUAUUCAUCACAGCUCUGCAGACACAGUCACCAACCUUCCACCCUGCUGCCAGUUUUCUUUGUUUACGUCAAAAUUACACCAGUUUCAUUUCCUGAUUUUUUUUUUUUAUUUUUAUUUUUUCACUAAAUGGCAGAAACGUCAUCUCAUCUAAAACAAAUCAGUCACAUCCAGACUGAGGGGUUGGCAGUGAAGUUUAAUACAUCCAUGGCCUCCUAUGUCAUGUUUAAAAACACAGUGGCUUUGAGCUGAUGGUGUGGGUGCAGCUGAUGGUGCAGGUGUGGCUCAGUUAUUAAAACCUGUCUCUUUUUGUUUU